AGUUUUGGUCCACUAGACCCAGUCCAAAGCAGAUACACGAAGCCAAGUUCUAUCUUCUAUGGCUCAUCGUCUAUCCAGAGCAUAGUUCUUUCCAGUUUCCAGCCCUGAAAAAGGAUACUACUACAGACUACAGUUGAAAGAGUUCUGUCUGUUCAUGAGCGAAUGCAGAGGGCAAUGGCAGCUCUCCCUCUUCUCAACCUUCUCUCUCUGCAGAACCCAAACAUCAAAUAUUCCCUUUCACUAUUCUCUCUUAAGACCGCUCGCUCUCGAUUCUCUAACCCCAGAAACGUGACGAGAUGUCUCUCUGUGUCUGCUGCGGAGCACAAAUUAUCCCUUGGUUUAAAGUCUAAUACCGUUCUUGAGCCUUACCUUUCUUGCUCGAUGCCCGGAAAGAGGCUCAAAGUCGCAGUUCUUCUUAGUGGAGGUGUUGACAGUAGCGUUGCUCUUCGGCUUCUCCAUGCCGCCGGACAUUCCUGCACUGCGUUCUACCUGAAAAUCUGGUUUCAAGAAGACUUUGAAAACUUCUGGUCAGCAUGCCCGUGGGAGGAAGAUUUGGAAUAUGUAAAAGCAGUUUGUGAUCAGGUUGAAGUACCAUUGGAAGUUGUACACUUGACUGAUGAGUAUUGGGACAAUGUGGUAUCUUACAUUAUUCAGGAGUACCGAUAUGGUCGCACUCCUAACCCGGAUGUCCUCUGUAAUACAAGAAUCAAGUUUGGAGCCUUUUUGGAUGCAAUCAGUAAUAUGGAAUUCGACUAUGUUGCGUCUGGACAUUAUGCAAAUGUCAUUCACCCAUGUACAGAUCAGAAGGAUGGCCCUUCUAUUCUAGAAUUAUCAGAGGAUAAGGUCAAGGAUCAGACAUACUUUCUUUCGCAUCUUUCGCAGGCCCAGCUUAAACGACUUCUUUUCCCUCUUGGAUGUAUCUCAAAGAAUGAGGUCCGUAAGCUUGCUGCAAAAUUGGAACUUCCUAACAGAGAUAGGAAAGAUUCUCAAGGAAUCUGCUUCCUUGGAAAGAUAAAGUUCAGUGAAUUCAUUGCAAAACACAUUGGGGAGAUGGAAGGCAUCUUGUUGGAAGCUGAAACAGGGGAUUUUCUUGGGAAACACCAUGGAUUUUGGUUUUAUACUAUUGGUCAACGCCAAGGUCUACGCCUUCCUGGGGGACCCUGGUAUGUUGUCGAAAAGGAUGUCAAAAAUAAUGUUGUAUUUGUCUCAAGAAAUUAUUACUCAUUUGACAAAAGAAGGCGCAGAUUCCGUGUUGGAUCCCUGAAAUGGCUUGCUGGAUUGCCUCCAGAUCAGUUUAAUAAGCUCCAGUGCAAGGUUCGACAUGGUCCUGGCUUUUAUGAUUGUAGUUUAAUAAUGGAAACUGGUGAAGAUGGUGACAGAACUUCUGCUGUUGUUCAUUUAUCUGAGGAUGAUCAAGGCUUGGCUGCUGGGCAGUUUGCAGCCUUUUACCAAGGAAAAACUUGCAUAGGCUCUGGCGUAAUCUUGGAGUGUUGGGAUAGCCAAGGCUUCCCUGUCUGUGCAAAGGCUCUUCAAAUUGCAAGAAUGGAAGAUAAAUCCAAGCUUGGGAAACCAGUUAAGAUUAAGGUCAAUCCAGAAAAUUCUUUAAAGAGUUCUGAAAUUACAGAUAAAGUGGAACUUAAUGGAAAAUCUUUGAAUUCAGAAGAUAUUACCCUUGAUAAAAGUAAACAAUCAUCUCAAGGAAUUUUCAACGUAAACUGGUUUCAGAAGCUUAGAGAGAAGUGGUUGCAGGUAUUCUAAUUUUCUAGACUUUCUGACCGUUGAACUUACAGUGCAGAGAGAGAAAUAUAAUCCUUAGUGAUCUCUUCUCACAGAGGUUAAUUCUUGCAAGGUAUUGCCUGGUAAUGGAAGUCAGUGAAGAGCUCUCUUUCGUUCUUGUUUUACUUCCAGGUUCUGGUGCCAUUUUCCUCUCUUUGAUAAUUUAAUGGCUGUGUCAUAAUGGUAAAUGCUUUGGAGUCUGGGCCUCCUUGGAAUUGGUAGGAAGUAGGAACUGAUAAGAGCUACACGGGAAGAUCCUAUCAGCCUUCUCUCUUUCAGUGGGCUUUCAAGAGUGUACAAAAGCUGAGAUUUUGAUCAUACUUAAAGGGUUUAACCUCAUGUAUCUUAUUGAAUUCAAGAAUUUCGUGGUACAGGACCUACAGAUUGAUAAACAGGUGGUUAUUUGGUGGAUGACAGAGAUAUCAAGGGUGCCUUGCAGACUGAAACAUCAUAUCAGAGAAACUAGAUCUUCCACAUCUAUCUCAUUCAGAUUAGUGAUGAGAUUUGCUAAUUCGACAACUAAUGGUCUUGCUAAAUAGAGAAAUUUCUAUUGGAGGAUUUCUUUGCAGAGACAGUUAAUGGUAUUAUUAUGAUUUAUGGCGCUUGUAACUUUUGGCUACUCUAUUGUUAUUAAUAAAAAAUGAUUCUUUGUCGCAA